AUGUCAAACCGGACGAUGCGCGCAGUCGUCUUCAAGGGACCUUUCGAGGUGGCUGUAGAAGAUCGACCGGUACCAACGCUACAGGAUCCUACCGAUGUCAUCUUGAAAGUCACGGCCACAGCAUUAUGUGGAUCUGAUCUACACUAUUACCGUGGCCACGUCAACAUUCCCCCAGGCCUAAUCUGCGGCCAUGAAUUUGUCGGUUCGAUUGUCGAAAAGGGUGAAGACGUCAAAUCAUUCGAGAUCGGCGAGAGAGUCGUCGUCCCAUUCUCGACGGCUUGCGCGCAGUGCUUCUACUGCACACGAUCUCUAUCAGGACGGUGCACCAAGGGCCAGAUGUUUGGCAUGCCAGGAGGGGUCCCCGGUGGACAAGCCGAGUAUGUCAGGGUACCACUGGCCGACACAACCCUCUUCAAAUCUCCAGACGGGGUCGACGAAAAUCUACUGGUGUUGAUGGCGGACAUCUUUCCCACCGGCUAUUUCGCCGCUUCCCGCUUUUUGGCAGACCUUCGGCCGGACGAACGAGAAGAUUUCACGGCAGUGAUUAUAGGAUGCGGGCCCGUGGGCAUUUGCGCCAUUGCCAGUGCUCUGACAAUGGUGAAGACGGUCUACGCCAUAGAUUCAGUACCGGAACGAUUAGCUGAAGCCGAACACAUCGGUGCCAUUGUUCUUGCAUUGGACGACCAACCUGCCGACAAGAUCCGGGCUGCCACCGGCGGCCGUGGUGCUGACGUGGUAGUGGAGGUCGUUGGACGCAGUGACGCGCUCAUGCUCGGGCUAGACAUAGUCAGACCAUACGGCAAGAUCAGCUCGAUCGGUGUGCACACGGCCACUCUGGAAAUUCCAGGGUUGCUCCUCUACGGUAAGGCCGCCACCCUUGCUUUCGGUCGGUGUCCGGUGUCAAGCGUGUUCAAAUCGGCUCUGGACGUGUUGAUACGGCAGCAAGAGAAGGUUGCCUUCUUGUGUGGUAGGAAGAUGCCACUGGAAGAGGCACCCCAGGCCUGGAAGGAUUUCGAAGCGAGGAAAGUACAUAAAGUUGUGUUUGACCUGACUCAGAACCCAUCAUCGGAAGAGUCGGUCUGA